AAGUGCGGUCUCUUUUCCUGUCGUUAUAUACUUUUUUGAUCAUAGUCUGAUCCUGAUAUAGCGCUUUAUCGAGUUCAACUUAAUAAUUCAGUUAUUUCUCAUUUCCAUUUUCUUUAAAUAUAGAAUUACGCAAGAGAUUAACGAAUAAUGAUCAAUCUUCGUAUCUAUAAUUUUAUAAAAAUACUAAAAAAUGUUGAACGCAUUAUUUUUCAAAAUAUGUUCGGAGGUCCUCCAAAAGAACUUGCCUUAGCUUAUGUCAAUGAUAAAAGAACACCAGAACAUGUAAAAAAACUAUCAAUUAGAGAUAUUAUUGGAGAUGGCAUAUUAUUAGCUGUCCCUAAAUUCCGAAGAACAGUGGAAAAAAGAUGGAAAAGAAAGUAUGGGUCACCUGAAUAUGUAUGGAAAAUGCUGGUGCCAAAAAAUAACAUUAAAGUUUGUUCUGAAUGUGGACAUCAUCAUGAGAGUGGAAGACUUUGUGGAAAUUGUUAUAAAAAAGUGGAGAUGGAAACUAAUGAAAUCAAAGAAAAAAUUCAAGAAAAAUUAGCAAAAACUCCUAUUGACAAAGAUGUUAUAGUGCUGUAUGAGGGAGAAAAUUUGCCAGAUCAACCUAAUGAAUUUUGGAAGGGUAAAAGGAUAAUAGAGAUGAAGAAAGAAAGACCACAAUGGUUCAGUAGGAAUCUGUUACAAAAAUCAACUCAGCAGCCAUCUACCUCCACUGAUGUAAAGCCAACGGAUCUGGCUUAAUUGUCACUAGAAAAAGUGUAGAUAAAAUAUAAAGUGAAUUAUAUACUUAUUAGUUAA